UACAAGACCAGCAAGCUGUGAUGCUGUCAUUAGUAAUUGAAUCUCUGAAUAGUGAUGUGUAACUGUGUGAGAACAUUUCAUUUUGUCAUGUGCAUUUGUCUUUGAUUUCUCUCUCAUCCUUGCAUCCCCUCCUCAUGUCCCCAAGGGUGUUUCUCAGAAGGAGGAGCUAAAAUGGAGGAAGGGAGAACUGAAAAAUACACAAAUAAAAAGUACCAGUAUUUGUCAUCAUCAGAUUUACCAGACAUAAUGGCAGCCCAUGUGCUUUUAACAGAGUGGUGCUAAUAUAUGUCCCUCAAAGGGAGAUUGCGGUAGCAAGUAAAAAAGUCAGUCAGAGGAUAGGUCUCCUCUCCCGGUACACAUUCUAGAUGUGUUAUAGAUGUGAGCAGGAAUAAUUACUAGGGGUCUGGGGGAGCCUCUGACUGAAUAUGCUGAUUCUAUGGAAAGCCUUCUGCUGUCCAAGGUGUAGGUCAUGUAGGGGAUGUAAAGUGUUGUCCAUUAGGUUGACCAAUUGUGCAACAUACUUCCUCUAGGGUCCCAGAGCAGUCUCCAGUGCAGAGCUAGUCUUCUUUAUUAACCUGUUAAUUUUCUACUAAAUCUGGCUCUGAUGUUGCUGCUAUAUGUCAAACAUGCCUUUGUAAACAGCUGAAGAUAAAGAUAUUAUCAUGACUAAGCAUGGGGAAGUUUGAGCAGUGGAAGACAAAAACAUUCCAUGAUUGAAUACUAGAGUGCCUGGUCCCCUGGCAGAUGUGGAAUAUCCAAACCCAUAGCGUAAUCCCUGAGUGUACGCAACAGGGGCUUUUCUCUCAUAUCAUAGCACUGUCCCCACCCACUGAUUUUGUUCUUUUAAUGAUUGUGACCUCAUUUCCUUAGUGUCAUAUGUAGCCAAUACUUUUCGUUUCUUUCAGAGCAAUGUUUUUAGAAAAGGCCUUUAAAUUAGCUGCAUGCAGAGUAGUCAACUCUCUGUGAAGCAUAAAAACUAUACAAUCUAUAAACAUAGCAGGUUCAUAGAUUAGCAUGUGGAUGCUGUAUAAAUAUGACUUCAAAAUGAUGAUCAUGCGAAAAACUGACUUUCUUGUGAACAAACCUCAAGUGAUUUCCUGUUUUUGUUACACAACAUGCAUAUCUGUGUGGGAGGCCACCCAACACGAGAAUGCAGGUCUGGGAAUCGUACCUACAAUGGCUUUUUGCAAGUUUGCUGAUUCAGACUGAAAAACGAAACUGACAACUUCCUCUCGCUCCCUGAGUCAAAAAGGCCAGUGGAAAAGAAAAAGUCAUUACUCAUUACUGGUCUCCUUGGUUCCAGUUUUCCAGUGUCGAAGAAGUGGUUUUCCUUUGUCCUGAUGGAUUAAAUGUAUAUGCAUAUAUAUAUAUACAUAUACAGGUAAGACAGGUAUGUAUGUCAACGACUCCCUUGGAAAGCAUCUACUGUUCUUCAGAAUUAUUUAGCUAAAGAAUAAAAUGCAACCGACUGUUUUGUAUCUCCUUGCAAUAAUGUGCUCUGCUUUAGCACAGGCUGCAAUGCCACUGAAGGACCUUAAGAUGCUAGAAUUGUAUAAGGAUGUAAAAAGGUUAAACAAAAGUUUGCAGCACGAUGGAUCUCUAAGUUUGAAUAACCCUGGGACUGAAAUCAAGGAAUGUUGCAUGGCGUCAGCUCUUCAGUGCUACAGAAGUCAGCUGCUCCUUCUCAAAGUCAGCAGCACUAAACUGCGUUACAAAGUUUGUAAAAGCCUGAGCAGUCCUCUUAUUUCUGAGAAACUGGAGGGAAGCAGUGAAGACUGUCAGAAGAACCCACAGUGCCAGUCUUGUGAUUUAUAUCCUAAUACAAACAGCAAGGAGUUCAUGUCGAAGUUAACUUCUCUGCUUGAAAUGGCCAACAGCAAUUAAGAUGAAGUGGGAGCUUGCUUUUAAAUAUGAAGAAGACACUACUCCACGAACACUUCAGAGCUACUAUGCAUUAUGUUAUUAGAUUAUGGUAUUUAAUUUAUUUAUUAACAAAUAUACUUAAAUAACUUUCAACAUAAACAUGUAAUAUUUUUGUGUUGGCCUGUGUAUAUCAUGUUCAUUUCCUUUUGAAAAAGGUGGUCCCAUUUCAACUUUCUCAGUUCACUAGUGCAUGUUGUUGUGAAAAUGUGUAUUUUAUAGCAAAUUCACAUAAUUGAAUACUACUCAUUAUGUACAUCAUAACCAUUGAAACGUUCUCAAACAAAUUGACAUUGUAGUCAUCUUGAAACUUGCACUGGGUCAACUUGCAAUGGGAACUGUUACUGCAGUAAGCUUAUGGUAUUUAAUUUAUUUAUUGACAAAUACAAAACAACUUUCAACAGACUCUUCUUUGUAAUACUUUUUUUCUGUGUUGUGUUUCUAUUUAGGCCUAUACAUCAUGUUCAUUUCUCUAUAAAAUAC